GAAGCCUCAGCUUUCAGGAGAGGAAGAAGGUGGAGACGUCACAUGGAGAGAAGCAACCAGCAGCAGCUGCUUCACCACUAAUCACACAACAUUAACAUAACUAGCACUACAAGCUAACCUGGCUAGCUACAUGGGUCGCCUUUGAUUUGUCAUACAUUCGGAACUGCAUAUCUGAAGGAAACAAACGCAGGACUCAUAGACAGUACAAACGGGACCGCAACAUUACGGUCACAGAUUCUUCUCGCAUCCAGCUGGCAGGCUAUUUUGGCUAGCAAGCGAAGCCAACGAUAGCAAAUUCUGCCUUGGCUAGCGUCAGGCUAGCUAGCUAGCUAGCUAGCUACUAACGUCGCUAACUGUGGUUAGCUAGCUAGCGGGCUGUAGUAACUUGCGUCAUGGAUGAACUAGUCGUGGAAGUGAGGGGAACAAGUGGGGCCUUUUAUAAGGCAUUUGUGAAGGAUGUUCAUGAAGGAUCAGUUACUGUGGCAUUUGAAAACAACUGGCAGCCGGAGCGUCAAAUCCCAUUCCAGGAUGUGCGAUUUCCUCCUCCAACAGGGUUCUGCAAGGAGAUAAAUGAGAGCGAUGAGGUCGAGGUAUAUUCCAGGGCUAAUGACAAGGAGCCAUGUGGAUGGUGGCUGGCCAAGGUUCGCAUGGUCAAAGGAGAGUUCUACGUAAUAGAGUACGCUGCAUGUGAUGCUACAUUAAAUGAGAUAGUGACACUGGAGAGGUUACGGCCAGUUAACCCAAAUAAACCAGCCACAAAAAACACCUUCAUCAAGAUCAGACUGGAUGUACCCGAGGAUCUACGGCAGAUGUGCUCCAAGGAAUCAGCACACAAAGACUUUAAGAAGGCCGUGGGAGCAUUCAGCAUCACUUAUGACUCAGAGAAAAAGCAGCUGGUCAUCUUGUCAGUGAAUGAGGUCACAACGAAGCGGGCCAAUAUGAUGAGUGACAUGCACUUCAGGAGCCUACGCACCAAACUGUCUCUCAUACUGAGGAAUGAAGAGGCCAGCAGACAACUGGAGAGUUCUAGACAGCUUGCAUCACGGUUUCAUGAACAGUUUGCAGUUCGGGAUGAUUUAAUGGGUCUGGCCAUCGGGACUCACGGGGCCAACAUCCAGCAAGCUCGUAAAGUCCCUGGAGUCACUAAUAUAGACCUGGAUGAAGAAACGUGCACCUUUCACAUAUACGGAGAGGACCAGGAUGCUGUCCGUAUAGCCAGGAGUUUCCUGGAGUUCUCUGAAGAUGUCAUCAAAGUUCCAAGGAACUUAGUAGGGAAGGUGAUUGGCAAGAAUGGUAAACUGAUCCAGGAGGUGGUUGAUAAGUCUGGUGUGGUGCGGGUUCGUAUUGAGCCUGAAAAUGACAAAAAGCCCUCAGCAGCAGCGGCAGCAGCAGACGAGGGAAUGGUGCCAUUUGUAUUUGUGGGGACCAAGGAAAGCAUCUCCAAUGCCACAGUACUGCUGGACUACCAUCUCAACUACCUUAAGGAGGUGGAUCAGCUUCGUCUGGAGCGUCUUCAGAUUGACGAGCAGCUGAGACAGAUAGGAGGGGGAGGGGGAGGAGGAGGAGGGACGGGACCUCGAAACCCUAAAGACAAAACCUACGUUUUUGAUAAUGGCAUGGGGCUGGGUAUGGGGAGAGGAGCAGGAGGUGGUGGAGGAGGAGGAGGGAAGCCCUACGCAGGAGGGGGAGGAAGAGGUGGACGAGGGCGUAGAGGAGGAGGUGCAGCUUUUGCCUCAGGCACCAAUUCGGAGGCAUCCAACGCCUCAGAGACUGAGUCAGACCACAGAGACGAGCUCAGCGAUUGGUCACUGGCCCCCACCGAGGAGCUGAUGACAGGAGGCGGAACCCUGCCAAGACGGACAGAUGGGAGGAAGAGAGCAGGCGGCGGUGGACCAAGGGGACGAGGGGGGAGAGGAAGAGGAGGAGGGGGAUAUAAAGGUGAAGACAUGCAGUGGAGCGAGCCAAGACCUCGUCAUGUCAGAGACCCCAAGACAAGAGCGCAGGAAGACACCCUACAGAUCCGUGUGGACGGUAACAACGAACGUAGCGUGCAGCACUCGUCAGGGGGGCGAGGAGGAGGAGGGCUUUCCUCCUCCCAGGGUGGAGUCAGCGCAGGUGGCGACGGCCCAUCCCGUCAUCAUCAUCAGAGACCCAUCAGAGACCGAGGGAUGAAGAAGGACAAACAGGACGCUCCUCCGCUGGUGAACGGAGUGUCGUAGAUACACCACUGGAGGACGUUCUCACUUAGACACACACGUUCAGAAACACACACACAGGCAACUGGUCAUAAACCAUUGUAGAGUCUCAGUCUCUUUCGCUUUUCUUUCUCUGUCUUUUUCAAACACAUGAAUACACAUAUUUCAUCAGCAUGGAAGUUUACUGUAGUGAAGUCAUAGACCAGUGGCCCUUUGGCAUCUGCUGGUCUGCUCUGUUGAGGUCUGGUUUGGUUUUUAAGUGUACUGGUCUGGUCUCCUCUUUACUGGUAUGGUAUCAUGCAUUCUUCUCUGGAGUGACAAAUUACAUGAACUGUACUUUUUUGGACAAAAGGAAAAGAAGAGGAGGGAUUUGACUGAAGCUCUCACAGAGGCGUUAACCCGAAACAUACUCCCUCCCUAUCAACAGCAUUUAUUUUUUUUUUUAAAUCGACUGAAUAGGAUGAUUUAAUUUUUUGCCACUGCCCUGUUUGAAAUUGCUCACAUUAGGGGGGGAAAAAAAAAAGAGUCAAAACAGGCAAAGCUGAAGAAAUGCGGAAUUACGGCCACUUUAGAAGGCAGAACGAAAUGUGUGUUCCUUACCUUUACAUCUUAAAUUUAUUUUAUUGAAAAAGAGGUAUUGUAGAGAUGAUUUAACAGUACACAAUUUCAGAAAGUGGCAUCACUGUUUCCCACAGGUUGAGACGUUAUUUUUGGUGGUCUAAAGCUGCAGAAUCCAACACUUGGGAGUCAUGAAUUUAUCAUCUACCUAUACUGAUUGGGAAAGUUAUUUAGAGUCUUUCAGGUAUAUUUCCAGAGAGACUUAAUUGAUAAACUGCAAAAUACACAUUUUUUUUGAGAAGGAGUAGAUAUAUUAUGGUGUCACUAAAAAUAACUGCUACAUAUGGGAAACAUGCAUAGUUGGUCACUUAGGUUUCACUCGGUAUGGAAUGAUUUACCAGCCUCAUCAUUUAAGUCAUCUGUGUUUUGUUUCCUGUUCACUACAUAAUGUAAAAUUCCUUCAUUCUCUUCGAUUGUCAGACCAAGCAUGAAUUCAGAAAGGUACAGGAUGUAGCGAUGGAGAAACAUAAAUCUGAGGCACUUUGAAUGAAAACUUGAACUGUUAAUAAAGCCUUUACUGAAGAAAAAGGAGACAGGAUACCAACUCAUAAGAGUCUUCUGCAGUUUACAAAAUGUGAUGAACUGCUGUCCUUAAAAUUAUUCACUCACCUGUCAUGUGGGCUGGUCACAUUUGGCCAACACACACCUACAGUAGCGACAUUGAAUCGCAAACUCCCUCAUAAAAAAUCCUGCAAUAAUCAAAGGAUUAUAAAUCCAGUGGCCAAGACCGCAGAUAAAACCAGUACAUUGACAAUGGUAUACAGUUAUAGAAUAAACUGACUCAUAACUAAGGCAUUCAAUGAAGUCUUGAGUAAAAGUUUUGUGGUAUUGAGAGUCCAAGCUGUCCUGACACUCUCAUCAGGCUUCGUGGCAACAUUUCUGCUGUGGUCCCAGCAGCAGUGGGUCUCUGCUGUCAACAGGAAUCAGCAUCAUGUACCAGACUGAUAAGAGCUUUUUCAGCCUCAACAGUGGGAUAUUUCACAGGGAGGGCUCAGGCAGUGAGAUAGGCUUACUUUGGUUAGUUCCACUUACUUACAUAUAACAAAGCAGUCUUGGAUAGAUGCCAGUUAAAUUAGUGCGGUAACUUUUGCUUUCAGACAAACAGGAUUAAGGCGGCAACAUCAUUAAUGUAGAACUCCAUGAGCUUUUCUUUAAUUUAUGAAAACCUUUGUAUUUAACUUUCUGUUUUGCAAUUAAUGUUUCAAGUAUUACUAUAGAGGAAUCAAAUUAUAGGUGAGUUAUACCUUGAAAAAAUAAAAAAUUGUUUUAAGUUUUAUUCUUCCUGGCUUUCAAACUUAUUCUGGGCUGACUCCUCUUUCUUAAAUAGUUUGUGUAUUAAUCUGAUUUUAUUUUGUUAUUUUGUUGGCUACAUUUUCAAAUUGGUAGGGCGGAAGAGGGAGUCUGAACUCUAACCUAAAUCCCCCCAAAAAUAAGUCUUUCAGGUACAAAAAAUUCCAUGCACUGUUGUAAUCAUUAUGUUCUUGUAAUCCUUAGGAAACAACAAUUCUUAGGUCUACUUCUGAGAACAUGUUUUUUUUUUUUUUUAAGUGUUUCUCGCCACUGAUAAUUUGAAUUGGCCAUUCCUCUACUUUCUGCUUUUAAUUUGUGGUACUGUGCAUGUCACCUGACUAAGUUAAAGUCACAGUAAAGUUUAGUGAAACCACUCUCAGCUGAAGUAUAAAGUCAGGUUCAAAGAAGCCAGGUUUUCAUCCAUAAGUCCAGUUAAAUCUCCUCUGUGCUAGGAACGUCUCCUCAUCACAGUAAUGGAGCUGCAGCCUGUCAAUUUUCUGCCAUUCCUAUAGGUCACAACGUCCUUUUUUUCAAAAUCUUAGUGCCUUGAAUUUAUGCUCCUCCAUUUCUGUGAAUUUGGCCCAUUCUAAAAAGCACCUUGCUACUCUGAAUAUAUCAAAGCUUUUUAUACUGUCUGUUUGAACCCAGUGUAACACUGCUACUGUUUAUUACUUUAAUUUUUAGGACAUUAAGUACAUGAGUGUUUCUUACAUGGAUGAUUCAUUCUGUGACCCUGUAUGCAUUUCUUAGAAUUCUUUUGGGGAGACCAAGUGAUAUGAGAUGACUUCGACAGAUUCUGGUAAUGCAUUUUGUCCCAGACAACGUCCAGCAUUCUAGUCUUGCUCUAAACUAUUCUGCCUCUUGCUAGAGCUCUGUGAAUUACUGACAUAGACGUAAACAACAAGAGGACUAGACAAUCACGUCAUCGCAUAGUGGAAAGUGACUUUUCCAAUCAGUGCAGGUUUCCAGACAUCAAAGGAACAUUAGAUGAAAAAGAAACGUGUUGACUUCAAGCUUUCAUCAUGAAGUGUUCCAACCUGCUGUUCAGUUGCCACCUCAGAGUUACUGACUCCAUGAAUAUUCUGCAUGGAAAGAUCCUUAGUGGCAUCAUUAUCAUCAUCAAAAUAAGUACAAUUUAGGUGGCAUUAAGGCCUUUACUGACCAUUUACACUCUCCAUUAACCCAAAUUGUAUCCUAAAUUCAAACUGACUGCAGUUUAGAUGGGCUAGAGUAGAUUUGUUGACUUAUGAUUGAAGAGGAGAUUCAUAAUGACAUUUGUUUGGAUAUUAUUUUGAAAAAUCUGUUCAAAUGUGAGAAAGUUGCUGUAAAACAAAAAGCAAAGCAAAAAAAUACUUUUUAAGGUUUCUCUGUGCAUUCGUAGGCUUGUAGACAUUUCACAAAAAUACUAGAUUACAUCAAAUUACUGUAGUUCGUGACUGAAAACAUUCAGCAUCCAGUUGUAUCCUGGGGCUAGCAGAUUAGCAGUGAUUUUAAGUUUUAGUGUUGCUAUGUGCUAAUGUUGUGGAAUCAAGUACUUAACAUGUUGAAUCUAUUCAUUCAGUUGUUCCUGUAGCCUCGGAAUCGUCCAGGAAUAACCUUUUAAAGUUAGCCCCUGAAUAUAGCCUCCAUCUUUAUGGUGCCCUUAAAGGAAUAGUGUGACAUUUUGGAAAAUAAGUUGCCUCGCCUUCUUGCUGAGAGUUCGAUGACAAGAUUGAAAACGCUCUCGUGUGUGUGCUAGAUAUGAAGCUAGAACCAGCAGGCGAUCAGCUUGAUUUAGCUAAAGGCUGGAAACGGGGAAACACCUAGCCUGCCUUUGACAAGCAGCCAGCCAGCCCCUUUGAAUUUAAUUAAUUAACAUGUCAUAUCUUUUCUGUUUUUCUAUGAAAACCAAAAUGUUAAAACAAAAAUUUGCGGUUUCCAUACUGGAAUUAUUUAUUGGCUUAGCAGAGUGACUUCUAGGCUAGCAGUCCCUGCUUCCAGUCUUUAUGCCCUGCUAAGCUAACUGCCUGCAGGCUCUAGCUUGAUACUUUAUCGACAGACAUGAGACUGGUAUCAGUCCUUUCAUCUAACUCUCGGCAAAACAAAUGAUAAGCAAGUGUCCCAAAAUAUCAAACAAUCCCUUUUAACAAACUGCUUAGAUUGGGAGUGUCAUUAAUUAGCCUAGCGUAAAAUAUCUUUACAAUAGGUACGAUUCACUUUUAACCAGUCAGACACAAAACAGAUACAGGACUUCAAAAACAGCUUGUGAGGUUUAUUUGUAAUCUACACUGUUUUAUCAUUUAAAAAAAACAAAACAGAAAAAAAACUGUUGUCUUUCAUGCUAGAAAGCUGGGAAUGCUCAAAGAAACCUUACCAUAUUUUGUGUGACAUGUGCCUUUAAUUGUGGCUAGUAUCACAACCUUAGACGUAAAUCAGGGAUGAUGAGGAGACAUUGAAAUGGACCAGAUGGUCAAAGAUGGCUAUUUUCUGAAGGGACAUAAUUAAUUCACUCUGGGUUGUCACUGGCAAAGCUGAGCAUUUCUGAGCUUCCUCUAAACUCAAAGGGCAGGUGUUGAUUGUGAAGGUGAUUUUUGCUCACUAGGAAAGUGCCCGCUUUUACCACCUGGUCCCUUUUAAACACUGAAGGUGUUGUAUCCUUGUACAGUUGACAAACAUAAGCCUCUAGCUUAUGACCUGGUUCAAUUGAUCUGUGAAAUGGAUUCAGUUACUUUUAUAGACCAGUGCAGUUCAUGACAUUGAGGGGCUACUUUGGUACCUUUGGCCUUGUUUCAAAGUCAAAGACAGCCAUUCUCCAUGCAGACCUCCUUUUUUAAAAUGUAUCUUGAGAUGCAAAAUGGUGUGACCCAGUGUAAUUUUAUUCCCUAUCUCUCUUUCCUUCCUAACUACUUCAGUAACUGAAGUAAUGAAAGGAACUGAAAGGAUUUCAGAGGUUGAGCCAGGUCUUUUCUUUACCAGAGAUCAGUGAACCUUCCUAGUCUUGCGAUGCAUGCACAUCUUUUAUUAUGGAUUUUGGAGACAUUCUGUAGCUUUGAACACGUUAAAAAAAAAAAGACAUAAGUUUAGUUUUUUAAUCAGUGUUACUUUUCCCAUUUCUACUUGACAUAAGACUGGCUGGAGUCGUGGAGUACCCAGUGAUGAGUAACAUCUUCUGACAACCACCAGCUUAGUGUAAGUGACACAUGGGAAACUUUUAUCUUUUAGAAAAUGUCUUCAGAAACAGUUGAAAUAUGAGUAAUGAAUCAUGAAACAGGGUUUUUUUUUUUGUUGGUUUUUUUUUUAGAAGUUAAUUUUCCUUUUUCAAAAGUAUUAUUGGUGUCAGUUUCUCUUAUCACUAAUCUGUUAGGACUUCUUCUUUCACUUGGUGUUCACACUGCAGCCAUGUUGCAUUUUUAUCCAGUAAGCAUUCUCUGCAGUGCAUUGACAAACAGCUCAAGUGAAAGUCACCUCUAUAUUGUCAAUAGAACAUUAACAGUAUGGAGUUGCUUUGUAUUGUAAAAAAAAAAAAAAACAGCAAAAACCAUAAAAAAAAAAA